UCAAGUGGCCAAACGCCUUUGCCUUAUCGGGAGAUUCAAGUAGUCUUCUCGCACUGCUCCAAAGAGGAGCCAUCAAAUUAUGGCCGUGUCGUCUACUGCAGCGACUGUGUACAUUUCCAGCCGAAAAUUUCCCAUUCCGACUACCAGAAAAGGCGCUUUCUUCUCAAAUUUCAUCACUUCUACAGCGAGACCACGUAGAUUUCUUAUUAGAAGCUCUAGCGAUGGAUCAGCAGAGACUGCAGCGAAAGAGGUAGAAGAAUUAGAGACAUCCAUUGAAGCUCCAGAAGGACCUACGUCUUUGAUUUCUGCUCUUAAUGUGGAGAGGGCUCUUCGCGGCAUACCGAUUACAGAUGUAGAUUAUUACGGGAGACUUGGGAUUGAUAGAGAAUGUUCAUAUGAAGAGGUUACGGUUGCAUAUAAAAACAAGGUUGAAGAAUUGCUGAAUCAGGGACUAGAUGAGGAAGAUGUCAGGCAGAAAAUGGAACAGCUAAAAGAGUCUUAUUCAAUACUAUCAUCAGAAGAAGAGAGGAGAAUGUAUGAUUGGAGCUUGGCCAGAAGCGAGACACCAGAGAGAUAUACUUGGCCUUUUCAAACCGACAAGUUAAAGCCGCCAACAGAGCCGCCUCCUCCGCAGGAACCAGAAGAUGUGGGACCCACGAGAUUGGUGGGAUACUUUAUACUUGGAUGGAUACUCCUGUCCUUUGUGUUAUCCAUCGUCCUUAGCCGAUAAGUAUAAGUAAACUUAUCCUUUUCUCUUUACUAAUUUUGUAUUUAACAAUGUCACCCACGAUAUUUCAAUUUUCGAUUGUAAUGAUACCUUUUUCUAAUUCAUCAUAAAUCCACGAUAUUUCAAUUUAA